CCCCCCCCUCCCCCCUCCCCCACCACUGCGUGCAGUCAAACGUCGCCUGCGCCCUUGCCCCGGCACUGCGCGAAGUCCACCCGGGGGAUCUUUGUCUUUGUGCAGCCGAGUCACGAAGGAGCUUCUGCCGCUCAAAGUUGCGGCGUGGCAGGGCGCGUGUUUCCCCGCGCGACGUUGCCAUGGCGAGGCCGUGUCCCUUCUCGGAGGACAACUUCACGCGGCUCGCCUCGCAGAGCAACGUCUACGGGCUGGCCGCCUUCCGCACGCCGGCCGCGGGCCCAGAGGCCCUCGUGGCGGCCCUCAAGGGCAAGCUGCUGUCCCUGCGGUACGAGAGGGUCGGCACGCCGGGCCGCCUGCGUGCCGUGGCCAGGGAGGUGCACUUCACCUACAUACCCGUGGACGCUGAGAUCGUGUCGAUCGACGCGUUCUGCAAACCCGCGCCCAGGAGUGGCCUCGUCAUCGGAAUCACCUUCAUCAAGGACUCGGGAGACAAGGCGAGUCCCUUCCUCAACAUCUACUGUGACUACGAGCCGGGCUCCGAGUACAAUCUCGACUCCAUUGCCCAGAGCUGCCUCAACCUGGAGCUGCAGUUCAUCCCUUUCCAGCUGUGCCACACCGAGGUUCAGGAUGGGCCCACGAGCGAGACCGUGUUCCUGCUGAGUGGACACGACAUGUGCGUCCACGUCUACAAAGAGAGCGGUACCCAGCAUCAGUUUGAGGAGGUUGCCGUGGAGACGUUCUUCCCGGAGCUCACUCAGCUCAGCGGCAACGUGCAGUGGCUGCAGGUGCUGGCGCUGCCGUGUGGGAAGCGGAGGCUCACGGCCGUCGGGAGUCAGAACGGAGCCGUGUCCCUCGCUCUCGUGCAGCUGAGCUCUCGGACCGUGCUGCAGCGGUGGAGCGUGCAGCAGGACGGGCCCGUGACCCACGUGCAGAUCUUUCCCACAGAUCCGCACGGCCAGGCCGCCGAUGAGCUUCCUUCAUUCCACCUGCUGGUCGCGAGCGCCAUCGAGACGAGCGUCGUGUACAGGGACGUGCUGGUGCGGGGACUGAGCGACCAGGUGGUGCUGCCGGGCAGCGACCGCUACGACAGCGUGCUGUGCGCACUCGUGUGCGACGUGGACUGUGACGGCCACGACGAGAUCCUGCUGGGCACCUACGGGCAGGAGCUCCUCUGCUUCAAGGAGAGCGGCGGCAAGGCCGGCGUCAGCGGGGCGGGCGGGCGCGAGUGGAGCCUGGCCUGGCGCCGAUGGUUCCCGGGGCCUCUGCUGGCGCUGGCCCUGGUGGACGUGACGCGCGACGGACUGCGUGACCUCCUCGCAGUCACCAUCAAGGGGCUGCACGUGCUGCAGUUUGACCUGGAGAAGGCCGCCGACAUCCUGCUGAGCCGCCUGCAGGCGUUGGGGUCGGCGGAGGAGGCCGCGACGAUCGGAGGUCGCGGGCCGCGCGACGAAGGGCGCUGUGAAGACGCGGCCGCCGAGACGUCGCCGUGAGGAGGAGCCACGCGGUAACGCCGGCGGAGUCGGCUUGACACCUUGCAGGGAGGGGGCUUUCGCGACCAAUGUCAUCCAUGAUAGAGGGACCCGCUCUUGCAACUUCCUUCGUCUUUGGGCGCGAUUCAUUCUGCGGUCAGAACUCUUCUCGAAGACCCAAGCGGGAGGACGACUUCUUCGCAAGUCGCCCCGAUGGUGCCCCGGCUGUGGUAAUCGCCAGCGAAUCGUCACGCUGGAAUUGUGAAAGUCGUGCGUUUGAACUCUCCAACGCACAACCGGUGUGCCGCAGUAAGCUCAUUGGCAAAGUUUUGUCUCCGUGAUGGGCCUCGGGUAAUGGGCUUUGUCGGGUGGGGUGGUGGGUUUAACGGCACAUUCAUAUUUACGCGAUCUCACCCGAAAAAAACCUUGAACGGUAAAAGUCUUCUCUGCGAGAUGCUAAACUCCACCCCACACCCGUGAAUGACGGGACUCCGAGCGUAACGCGCACAGAGCCCUCGUGUGUCUCUCCACUGCUGAAUGAGGUCCUCCGCAUGCCUAAAGCAACCCUGUUGCACAUGCUGGGAGCACCAUCAUCAUCCUCUAUCCAGACCCCACUUCGCUUCCGGGAUCUUGACGGCGACGAAUUCGGGGGCGAUUUUAGGCUUAGGGGGCCCCCCUAAUAUCCGUGCACGAACACCGAUAAAUUUGAUACUUUUGGUGCAUCUUGGGGAGACCGCCUCGCCAAGGUGUCUCGUGGCCUAGAAAUAAAUGUGCACAA